CAUCAACUCAUCUGUGUUUAGUGGCUUUAGGUGCAGCGUACUACUCUCAGUCAACAUGACUGGCCUCAGCGAUCUCCCAAACCUUCUGCCAGCUGUGCUGAUACUGUUAACGAGUUUCAAGUGUUCCAUGUCUCAACAUGAAAAUAAAAGCAUCAUUAUUGUCACGGACUAUGACUUCUCCAUCAUGACCUACAUGGAAAACUCCAGUGUGGAUUAUGGUGAAUAUCCUGAGCUCUGUGUGAAAGAAUCCAACCGCCUGUUCCGCUGCUGGUUCAUGCCUACCUUCUACUCCAUCAUCUGCUUUCUGGGGCUGGCAGGGAACCUACUUGUCAUCCUCACCUUCUUCUACUUCAAGCGUCUCAAGACCAUGACGGACGUGUACCUGCUCAACUUGUCCUUUGCGGACCUGCUCUUUGCUCUGUCGCUCCCCUUUUGGGCAGCCAACUCCAUGUCAGAAUGGGUGCUGGGUCUGUUGGUGUGUAAAGCCAUACACACUAUUUACAAGGUCAGCUUCUACAGCAGCAUGUUCAUUCUCGCUUUCAUCAGCGUGGAACGCUACUUCGUCAUCGCCAAGGCCGUCUCUGCUCACCGCUACCGCUCCCAGGCAGUGUUUCUCAGCAAGGUGUCAUCAGUUGCCAUCUGGGUGAUGGCACUGAUCUUCUCCAUACCAGAAAUGACCUACAGCACAAUCAAUAACAACACCUGCACCCCUUACUCCAGCACUUCUGACAUGCUCCGCGUCAAAAUACAGGCCAGCCAGAUUAUUUUGGCUUUUGCCCUCCCGCUCCUGAUCAUGAGCAUCUGUUACAGCAGCAUUGUCCAUACCCUUUGCCAGGCUCGUGGCUUUGAACGCAAUAAGGCCAUCAAGGUGAUUCUCGCUGUGGUAGCUGUCUUCCUGUUCUGCCAAUUGCCUUAUAACCUGGUCUUGAUUUUGAACACAGUUGUCACAGCAAAAGGAGGAACCAUAGACUGCAACUACGAGAACAAUGUCCUUUAUGCCACCGAUGUCACCCAGUGCAUAGCUUUCCUGAGGUGCUGCCUGAACCCCUUCGUCUACGCAUUUAUUGGCGUCAAGUUUCGUCAUGACCUCCUGAAGCUACUGAAGGACUUGGGCUGCAUGAGCCAUGCCUGGUUCAUCAGGUAUACCAGGGGCAGGAGGAGGAGCUCAGGGGCCACCGACACGGAGACCACCACCACAUUCUCUCCUUAAAGCUGUUUCAGUAUGAAAAACCGCCAAUUCAUUCCUGCAGACCACACAGUGGACUAUUGAACAUUAGGAUAAAAGUCUCAACUAAAACACAGAACAUCGUACAUAUACAUAUACAUGUACAUGUAGAGGUUAAAUGACAAUUGGGUUUUUGUUGUUUUUUGUUGUUUGUCUCUUGAUAGUGUUUAUUCUCAUCAGUUAUGAUGAAACAAGGCUUUGGUUAUUUGUUUGUGUUGGCUACAGUGUACAGUAUUUCAAGAAAUUCACAGUGUUAAUGAAAAGCUCAACCGAAUCAUGUUCAAUAAACUGAACAAAUCACAGUCUCUUUUCUAUGUUCUAAACAAUUUGCAAUAUUGAAAAACAAACCAAUAAGAUUAGAAUCACUGAAGACUUUAAAGUGGUGCAUUGACAGAAUUAGUGUGGAUUUAAUAAAUAAAAAAAACACAUUAACUUAUGCUCAGGGACAUUGAUAAAAUAUAGGAAAAAUGGAUCCUAAUAUGUGUUAUGAAACACAACAAAGUUUUUUGGCAUAGGGAAACUGUGCAUUUGUGCAGAUUGCAUAACAACCAGAAGACAUUUCUCAAAGGACGCUAAUGAUUUAUACUUCUACAGCAGUGCCCGUUCUGUCCAGGCCAGGAACAUGUAUUGCUGAGGCAGAUGCAUGUCAUUUAUUUUUAUUUGGACGUGCUGUUUUUAAAUUCUUUAGGCAGUGAUUCCACCUCCUUGUGCUCAAGUUCAAUCAAACUUCUGUGGCACCUGGCGCGUCGGCACAUUUUUCAUGAGGGGCGCGGAAGCUCUGUGAAAGCUUUUUGGCCAAAGUAUAAAUUAGGUAUAAGGCUUAAAGUUACAAUGUGUAACACUUGGACACACGCUCCAAACAAUAACAAAUAACAAUUCCAACAACUAAUUAACAGCAG